GGAUUAGACAGCUAAAAGGGCUUAACGGCGGAGGAAGAUGGCGGACGGCGGCGAAGCUGAGGCGUCGUUGUGGGCCGCAGGAGACUCGGAAGGGGACGAGGAACUGGAGUCCGAAGACUCCUCGGAGGCCGACGAGGAAAAGGAGAACCAGGCUGAAAUUCAGCGCUUGGAAGAGCAGCUCUCGAUCAAUGCCUUUGACUACAAUUGCCACCUGGAUCUGAUCAAGCUGUUGCAUCAGGAAGGGGAGCUGGUGCGGCUCCGCAGGGCCCGCCAGAAGAUGAAUGAACUUUUCCCUCUCACCGAAGAGCUCUGGCUUGACUGGCUGAAGGAUGAGAUUCGCAUGGCUUCUGAAAACUCUGAGCGGGAGAAGAUCUAUGAGCUCUUUGAGAGAGCAGUGAAGGACUACAUCUGUCCUGAAGUCUGGCUGGAGUUUGCCCAGUACUCCAUUGGUGGCAUCGGCCAGGAGGGAGGCAUUGAGAAGGUCCGCUCCAUCUUUGAGAGGGCGCUGAUGGCUGUCGGCCUCCACGUGACCAAAGGGACUGCUAUUUGGGAGGCCUACCGGGAGUUUGAGAACGCCAUCUUGGACACCUUGCAGCCUCCUGCCGGUGAGGUUCUGUCCCCUGAGAAGCAGCAGGUCCUCUCCGUGCAGCUUGAGAAGAUCCACACUCUCUUUCGGCGCCAGCUGGGAAUCCCUUUAAUGGAUAUGGAAACCACCUUUGCGGAGUACGAGGAGUGGUCUGAUGAACCCGUCCCAGAAGCCGUGGUCAAAAACUACCGCAAGGCCUUGCAGCAGAUGGAAAAAUAUAAACCCUACGAAGAGGCCCUGCUCACAGCUGAAGCACCCAAGCUGGCCGAAUACCAGGCUUAUAUCGACUUUGAAACCAAGGUCGGGGAUCCAGCUCGCAUCCAGCUCAUAUAUGAACGGGCCUUGGCUGAGAACUGUCUUGUGCCGGACUUGUGGGCUCGCUACACUCAGUAUCUGGACCGGCAGCUCAAAGUGAAAGACCUGGUGCUCUCAGUGCACGAGCGAGCCGUACGGAACUGCCCUUGGACCGUCAAGCUGUGGAACCAGUACCUGCUGGCCUUGGAAAGGCAUCACACAGAGCAUGCACGUGUCUCAGAAACCUUUGAGAAAGCACUCAAUGCUGGCUUCAUCCAGGCAACGGACUACGUGGAAAUCUGGCAGGCCUAUCUGGAUUACCUGCGGCGGCGGGUGGAUUUCACUGAAGAUUCGAGCAAAGAACUGGAAGAACUCCGCUCGGCCUUUGCCCAGGCGAUCGAGUACCUAAAGCAAGAAGUGGAGGAGCGCUUCAGCGAGAGUGGAGACCCUUCAUGCAGCAUCAUGCAGACCUGGGCCAGGAUCGAGGCCCGGCUGUGUCACAACAUGCAGAAGGCGCGGGAGCUAUGGGACAGCAUCAUGACCAAGGGCAAUGCCAAGUACGCCAACAUGUGGCUGGAGUACUACAACCUGGAGCGGGCGCAUGGAGACACCCUCCACUGUCGAAAGGCUUUGCACCGGGCCGUGCAGUGCACCAGCGACUACCCAGAGCACGUCUGCGAGGUGUUACUCACACUGGAGAGGAUUGAAGGCACUUUGGAAGACUGGGACGCGGCAGUGCAGAAGACGGAGAGCCGCCUUGCUCGUGUCAACGAGCAGCGACUCAAGGCGGCCGAAAAGGAGGCUGCCGGUACCGAGCAGCGGAAGCAAACGCGGGCGGAGAAGCAGGCGGCCAAGAAAGCUAAGAAGCCCAAGACGGGAGACAAGCGCAAGGCUGACACAGAAGGUGACUGGGACCAGCAGGAGGAAGUGAAACAGCCCACCAAGAGGCACAAGAGUGGCGGCGGCAGCAGCGGUGGCGGUGAUGUGGCAGUGGAUAAAGAAGAGGAGGAGGAGGAGGUGGAAGCCAUGGAGACGGAGGCCGGGCUCUUUGGAAGGAAUGCCUCCGCAAAAGCCGAGCCCAAAGCCCAGGAAGGGGGCCCUUCCCGGUGGAAAGAGCUGCCCCGAGUUGUCCACGACAGCGAGAAGGACAGUGUAACUGUCUUUGUCAGCAACCUCUCCUACAGCCUGGCUGAGCCGGGCCCAACACUCAAGGCAAUCUUUGGGGCCUGCGGGGAAGUGGCCGAGGUCCGGCCCAUCUUCAGCAACAAAGGCAGCUUCCGGGGCUAUGGCUAUGUGGAGUUCAAGGAGGAGAAGGCCGCACUGGAGGCCCUCAAGAUGGAUCGCCAGGACGUGAAUGGGAGGCUGAUGUUCGUCUCGCCAUGUGUCGACAAGACCAAGCAGCCCGGAUUCAAGGUCUUCAAGUACAGCACUGCCUUGGAGAAACACAAGCUCUUCAUUGCUGGCUUGCCCUUUUCCUACACCAAAGAGGAACUGGAGGAGCUGUGCAAGGCCCACGGGACUGUGAAGGAGGUCCGUCUGGUUACAAACCGAGCUGGCAGAUCCAAGGGCAUGGCGUACGUGGAGUUUGAGAACGAAGCCCAGGCCUCGCAAGCUGUGCUGAAGAUGGACGGCUUGGCGAUCAAUGACUACGUCAUCAAGGUGGCCAUCAGCAACCCGCCCGCCCGCAAGCAGCCUGAGGCGGCCGAGAGGGCCUCUCAGCCCCCACGACAGAGCUAUGGCGCCCGGGGCAAAGGCAGGACCCAACUGGCGAUGGUGCCACGGGCUCUGCAGCGGCAGAGCAACCCGCCGGCGAAGGCUGAGAAUGGCACGGCUCAAACCCCGGCCGCAGCCCCAGCGGAGCCCAAAAAGAUGUCCAACGCCGACUUUGCCCGCUUGCUGCUGAACAAGUGAAGGUGUCCCAAGGAAGGGAAGGGCUGCCUCUGAAGCCGUGCCGUGCUACAUCCCCUUCAAACGGGUAUCUGCAUUGAGACGCUGAAAGUUGUUGCGUUUGGGGACUGGGUGAAAACGGCUUGCAACGCUCCCUCAUAUUGAGGGAUAAUGGGUUUCGAAUCCCACCUUUGGGGUUUGGGGACAACAACAACACAGCUUUAGGGAGGCUGUUUGCUUCGAAGAUGAGGCAGGAAAAUACCCCACUUGGGUUUAGUCCUGAUCCCGAGACAUACAAUAUGCAUGAUCCCCCUUCGAUUCACAGGACUUUGGAUUUGUGGCACCUCCCUUCCUGGAUACGUUCCUGUCAAGCAGCAGAUACUAGCAACUUCACCGUAAUGGCCUCUUUUCAUACCAGGGUUAAGGGGGUGGGUGGAGAAAUCAGUGUUUAGGGAUGUGCAAAUCAGUUGUUUUCGUUCUGUUUUCAUUUUGAAUUUUGGGUGUUCUGUUUUUGGGAAGAUUCUGGGAGAUUAGAAGGGGCCUGUUCAGAUUUGUAAAAAUAUUAUUGGAAUAAUAUUAAUAAUAAUCUAUUAUUAUCAUUAUAAUUAUUAUUCCAAUAAUAAUAACAAUUCCAAGUCCCAGCAAGCACAGGAUCAAUUUUAAUACUUUAUGUUGUGGAUUUUAAAUUUUAUUUUAUAGUUAUAUCACUAUUAACAUUAUUCCAGUAAUAAUAACAAUAUAUUUAUUGGAAUAGCAUUAAUAAUAAUCUAUUAUUGUAAUCCUAUUCUAGCUAGAACUGACUCUUUGAAUUGACAAGAUUUGUUAUUAUUAUGAUUGUAAUAAUAAUAAUAAUAAUAAUAAUAAUAAUGUCACAUUAAAGUACAAUUUAAAAUCCACAACAUACAAAGAUUAACAUUGAUCCUGUUCUUGCUGGGACUUGUAAUUAUUAUUAUUGGAAUAUCAAUAAUACAUUUAAAGUCUUUAAUGUGAUAAUAUAAAUAAUAGAUUAUUAUUAAUAAUAUCCCUAUAAUUAUUAUAUUCUAUUAUUAUUAGAAUAUUAAUAAUAUAACAUUAAAGUACAAUUUAAAAUAUUUAAUGUGAUAAUAUAAAUAAUAUAUUAUUAAUAUUGUUCCAAUAAUAAUAAUACAAACAAUAUUAAUAAGACAUUAAAGUACAGUUGUGGGUUCGUAAUUUGAAACCCUGAGUUCAGUUUUCGUUUCAGGAAGAAUCUUCCCAAAAACAGAACAGAUGAGGGCGCCCGAAAUCAAAACGAAAACAGAAUGGAAAUCUGUACCGUAUCACACACCCCUAGUUUCUAUUGACCCUGUAUCGACAGUUUUGCUCCAGUUGCUCUGGGUUU